UUUCCUCGGAUGCUACUUUAUCGGUUGAUACGAAAGUUAAAUAAAGGCGCGCGCAAAUAAUUUAUAUCUCUACAAUUCGCAUUCUUACAUUUCGUACACAAAAUCCCAAUCCAGUUGAAAGAUCUCUCAUUUUAGAACGUUCUCUGUUUAGAUCCAGAAACAUCAUCGAUACAGACGGUAAUGGCGAGACCAAAUCAAGAAUCAAUCGAGACUUUCAUGAGAAUCACCGGAUCUUCCGAGUCAGUCGCGCUUCAAAAAUUGGAGGCAUAUGGAGGCAAUCUAAAUGAAGCUGUAAAUGCAUAUUUUAUUGAAGGGAACAGAUCCAUUUCAAAUCCACCAGCUGGGUUUUCUCCUCCAAAUAAUAUCGUGGAUACGAACAAUCGAGUUCAACCUGGGCCAAGCAGACUUUUACAACUUCUAUCUGCAGCUAGAACUUUCAGGCCAUCAUUGUUACUUGAUCCCAGUUACAGGAGAAGUCUAAUAAAUGAGUUUGGUGCUUCCGCGUUAAUUAGCCAUACACCUGUUUCACGUACAGGAGGAAUGGUGGGGCUCCCUGGAGAGUUCAAUAGUUGGAAUGAGCAGCCUCAUCAUGCAGGAUUUAUGCCAUCUGACUAUAAUGGACGAAUAUCUCCAUCAUAUCAAAUUAUGGGCACUCAGGGGAAUGUCUCAAGAGAUGAUGAUUCACAUUUGGAUGGCAAUGAUAUAGAAGAAGAAAUGAUUCAAGCUGCUAUUGAGGCUUCAAGACGAGAGGAUUCAUCUGGUAUAGGAGUUAUGCAAAGGCAACUUGACUUAGAAGAUGAUGAAUUAUCUUGUGCAGUUUCAUUGUCUUUACAGACAGCAGAGCAAGAGAAAGCGAUGCGUGAACUAGUUUUGAAAGACAAGGAUCAACAACUCAGAGUUUGCGGUUUAGGUAUGCAAGUGGAUAAAAAUGACUGUAGCAAUAGGAAGUUUACACAUGGAAACUCAUCAGUCCAAGAGGGAGCUAAAGAUGUGCAAGCACGAUCAUCUGAAAGUUACAUGUAUAAUAGACACAACGCUGGUGAUCAUUCUCAAAGCAAUAAAUAUGUUUUACCUUUAGAUGAGUGGGGUGGUAUAUCUCCGGAAGAGCUUGAUGAAGCAGUUAGGAUUGAGACAGAACUUUUUGGUGACAUUCCACAUCGCUCUAAGCAUGAACCUCAGCCACAAAGUGCUCCCGACACAAGGGUGGGUCCAAAGUCUCUGCCAGCUCCCCACCAACCAUCAUUAUCCUUAAUGGAAAAGCGGUUAUUACGUGAACAACAGGAUAAUGAGUAUUUGGCAUCUCUGUUGGCUGACAGAGAAAAAGAAGUGAAUGCUUUGAAGGAAGCUGAAUCUCUUUGCUUGAAGGAAGAUGAGUCUUGUAAAACAUUGCUUGAGGAAGAGAACUUGGAAAGGUGGCUACCUGUAAAAGAAACUUCUCUCCCUCCUGAACCAGCAUCAGAGGAUGAGAAUGCUGUAACUCUUCUUGUUAAAAUGCCAGAUGGCAGCCGCCGUGGCCAUAGCUUUCUCAAGUCAGACAAGCUUCAGUUUCUAUUUGACUUCAUAGAUGUUGGUAGAGUUGUGAAGCCUGGCACUUACAGAGUGGUGAGGCCAUACCCACGACGUGCUUUUGAUAUUUGUGAUGCCUCGUUAAGUUUUAGUGACCUUGGCCUGACCAGCAAACAAGAAGCAUUGUUUCUAGAGCUCAUAUAGCAUAUCAACUAUUCACCCAAUGUUUGACACGAAAUUUGGUUGGAUUUCAGAGGUAUGUGGGCUUUGGUUUGAAUGGUUUAAUCUCAAGCUUUCAGCAGAUAGGUAAAAAUUUGAAAGCAUUUUUGUAUGUUGUGGGUAGAUAAGUGCAAUGUUCAUAGCAAUCAUGCUACAACUUCACAAACUACUCCAGAGCAUGUAGAAAUAUUUAUGGUGUGAGAAAAUAUUCAGUUGUUUGUAGAAGUAAA